GGGAAGGCCUGUGUAUAUAAGCAAAUGAAUUUGCUCCUAUGUACCCAUCAGCGACCUUCCCUCACCCAUUGAAGUCGCAGCCAGUCCAGCUCUCAUCCCAUCCACCUUAUCAAACAGCAACAAGAACUCACCAUGUCCCUCAUCAACGUCUUCCAAAGAGGUUACCUUGCCUUCGCACUAGUAGCUGCCCUCAUUACACUUUACUCUGGCCAGGUUGCAGCAAUGGACUGCACCUACCACUGGGACAUCAAAGGCAAGGUCCCUGGCAGGUCCUCUUGCCAGUCCAGUCCUGAGCAGGAUAACUCCUGCGUCCCCUCAACCUGCCGAUUCAACGGUCUUGCCCUCCCUCAAAUUGUCUAUCAAGGUUGUCACGCUCCCGGCAACCCAUCUGCUAGAACAGAUCAGUACAUAUACGCCACCCAAUAUUAUCGCCGAGAUCAGGAUGGCUAUGCCUCCGUCCCUAACCCAAAGGGCGGAUGGGCGGACUGUGAUUACAGUGUCAAAGGGAACGGCGCUAACAAUGCAGUCUACAUGAUCCCCCACCCCAACCUGACAAGUUUGGCAAUCCCACACCAGGCUGUUCCUCAUGCUACAGAGUCUAACUUGUCGCCAGCACACCCGAGCCCCAAUCACCUGCCCCGCUCUGAAUCGUCGGUAGCACCCCCUUGCCCUGGUCAUCUCCACGCGGCGUAUUCCCAUUUGACCCUUUUCCUCUUCCUCCUCUCCCUCCCACAUCGACCCAUGCCGCGCCACACUGUGCAGGAAGAAACUCCAGGCUGCCAGCAGCUGAAACCCACAAGUCCCCCGUUGAUUUAUACCUGCAUUACUUGA